AGGGUUACGCGCCGGUUACGCGAAACUUUUCAUUUCCUAAUAAACGGAUGAAAAACGUUGCUCCAAAGAAAUGUAUCUACAGACAUUUUCGAGUCGCUUUUACUGGACGGCGCUCGUGUAGUGACCCCGAUACGAAGAAGAAGCUUCGAGUUUGACGGAAAAGAUCAAAGAUCAAGCUGAAGAGCCUCUAUUAUAUCAAGUCCAAGAUGGCAGCCUCCAUGGUCGUCGAUAAGUGUAUGAAAGCUUACAACUAUGUCUUCAAUCCAAGUCUACUAAAAGGCCAAGUUGCUUUUAUUACAGGUGGGGGAUCAGGAAUAUGCUUUACAAUUGCUGAAGUACUGAUGAGACACCAGUGUUCAACUGUGAUAGCCAGCCGUAACAUAGAACGUGUGCAACAGGCAGCGGAAGAACUGAGCCGAGCAACCGGACAAAAAUGUCUGCCCAUUCAGAUGGAUGUGAGAAAGCCCAAUGAAGUGGUGGCAGGAGUACAGCAGGCUAUGCGAGAGUUUGGCAAGAUUAAUGUCUUAAUUAAUGGUGCUGCUGGUAACUUUGUCUGCCCAGCUGCUUCUAUGUCUUUCAACGCUUUCAAGACUGUCCUUGAUAUCGAUACUAUCGGAACAUUCAACACCUCCAAGGCAGUCUUUGAUGAAUAUAUGAGGGAUAAUGGUGGUACCAUCAUCAAUAUAACAGCUACCUUGCCAUAUAGAGGCACUGUCUUCCAGUGCCAUGCUUCCGCUGCCAAAGCAGCUAUUGAUUCAAUGACACGGUCUCUGGCUGUAGAAUGGGGAGCACUUGGGAUUAGAGUGGUUGGCAUUGCACCCGGUCCAAUUGAUGAAACCGAAGGGAUGCGGAAGUUAGCUGGUCCUUUGAUUACUGAGAUUCCCAAACGUAUUCCCCUGCGUCGCCUCGGAACCAAAGUGGACAUCGCUGACUGUGCAGUCUUUGUUGCCUCUCCUGCUGCCUCCUAUAUCACCGGUCAUACCAUCGUGGUCGACGGUGGCGACUGGAUGACCUCCCCAAACGACGCGGAAAUGAGGCUGGAGUCACUGAAGAGCCUUCUUUAAUACUUCACGUGGAUCAACGAAGCUAAACAACAUGUACCUCUACAUCAGGUUGCAUACAAUCCAGAGAGUACUAUUCUUAUCGUUCAUCUGACACAAAAAUGCUUCACUUGAUGAGAAAUUAUAGAGGACCAAUCACGGACAAUUGUGUGUUGCUAGAGAAAGUAGAAUGAAAAGAAACCAUAAGAGACUUCUAAAUGGUUAGGGGAUAGGGAGCUAAUGGGGAAAAUUUUAUUUCUAAUGAAAGAGUGUAUGAACUCACUAAAUUGACUUUAACUU